AAGGUUCAGUCAGCCAUUUGGUGGCACACUAUGCUGACAGAAAACCGAAAAUUUACUGGAAGCAAAACCCUUCAGUUUUACCUACGCAUAUGACUGCUUUGAUAAAAAAACAAGUGAUUUUAUAACAUGCAAGACACUGAUCUCAGGGGGAGUUCCCCGGCUUUCCUUCGGCCUCAAAACGGGAGCAGUCACAGGUCAUCUGGGUAUGUUCCAGGGAGGAUUGCCCCUCUUCGCCCCCCGCCGCCUUCACAGAGCCACGCUUCAGCCGAAUUUACCUCCGCCAGACAAGAAGCCCCGGCCACGUUUGCGUCCUUGCCAGCGGAGCAGCACCGCCGCCAGGCAGAAGCCAACAGGCACAAAAAUACUCUCAUUUGCUUUGCCGUUUCUAGCUUUUCGCUUUUUGUUGCACUGGGGAUUUUUUUGGGAAUAGCUUCAAAAUAUGCUCCAGAUGAGAAUUGUCCCGAUCAGAAUCCUCGUCUUAAAAACUGGAGCCCUGGGCAAGAUCCCGAAAAGAGAGUUUUUAUCAAAAAGGGGGAUUUAUUUCGUCUGGAUUCAGAUGCUACAGUACACUCUAUUGUUAUACAGGAUGGAGGGUUACUUGUUUUUGGUGAUGAUAAAGAGGGUUCUAAAAAUAUUACUUUGAGAACUCGUUUUAUCCUGAUAAAGGAUGGUGGAAUGCUUCAUGUUGGAGCAGAGAAAUGCCGCUAUAAAUCCAAAGCAACUAUCAUUUUGUAUGGGAAAUCAAAUGAAGAUGCUGAUGUGCCGGAGUUUGGCAAAAAAUUUAUUGGUGUGGGCCCUGAAGGGACGCUGGAAUUGCAUGGGCACCAGAAGGUAUCAUGGACUCUUCUGUCAAAGACUAUGUAUUUCUCAGGGCUGGCCUAUGGUCAUUAUACAUUUAAAAAGAAUUUUUCCCGAGGACUAAAUGUGAGGGUGAUCGAUCAGGACACAGCAGAGGUUUUGGAAAUAUUAAAGUUUGAUACUCAUCAGUUCUCAGAAGAAAGCUUGAAACUCCAGAACUUGCUAAAGAAAGGAACUCCUGGUCGCAUUGUUGCGAUUGCUGUAGGAGAUUCAGCUGCUAAAAAUCUACUGGAGGAAACUAGAUUGACUAUUCAGAAUCUUCUGGGAAGCAAGUUUGUCAGCGGAUUGAGUUACAGGCAAGCCUGGGCUUUAGUUGGUGUCAUAGGUGGUGGAAAUUCUUCCUGUAAUGAAUCGGUGAGAAACUAUGAAAAUCACAGCACUGGUGGGAAAGCUCUUGCUCAGAAAGAAUUUUUCACCGUGGAUGGCCAGAAGUUUGUUGUGAGAGCAUACAGCGAGUGGAACGAUGGUGUCCCAAUUUCAGGCUUCCAGGUGGAAGCCGUGGGUGGAGUGAUACUGAACCUGCUGGAUGAUGUCAGUAGUUGGGAGCCCGGAGACCGGAUCGUGGUUGCGAGCACAGACUAUUCAAUGUAUCAGACGGAGGAAUUCACUCUUCUUCCCUGCCCAGAGUGCAGCAAACACCAGGUCAAAGUCAAAGAAAAUCCUCAAUAUCCUCAUGUGGGAGAAGUAAUUGAUGGAAUAGACAUGAGAGCGGAAGUUGGAGUCCUUACAAGGAACAUCUUAAUCAAGGGAGAAACAGAAAAUACGUGCUAUCGUGAAAAGGAGUGUCAGUUUUUCAAUUAUGAUACGUUUGGUGGACAUAUCAAGAUUCUGAAGAAUUUUACAUCUGUUCAUCUCUCCUACGUGGAGCUGAAGCAAAUGGGGCAGCAGCAGAUUGGAAGUUACCCUGUGCAUUUUCACCUAUGCGGGGAUGUGGAUGAAAAAGGAGGUUAUAGUUUUAAGACUUAUCUGGAAGGUCUUUCCAUUCAUCACUGCUUCUCCAGAUGUGUGACUGUUCAUGCAACUAAUGGCUUGCUGAUAAAGGACACCAUUGGCUAUGACACACUAGGUCACUGUUUCUUCAUAGAAGAUGGCAUUGAACAGAGGAAUACUCUGUUCCACAACCUUGGACUAGUCACCAAACCAGGCACUCUUCUUCCUACAGAUAGAAACAGCACCAUGUGUAUUGGCAUUAGGGAUAAAGUGUAUGGAAGUUAUGUCCCAGUGCCAGCCACAGACUGCAUGGCGGUUUCAACGUUCUGGAUUUCUCAUCCCAACAAUCAUCUCAUAAAUAAUGCAGCAGCAGGUUCACAGGUGAGGCAUAUGGAUGUACUUCAGCGCAAACUACUCAUUGCCCUGAUGUUCACAAAAUGUGUGCAGCAUUACUCUGUUUAA